UUCCCUAUACUUUUCUAAUACUAUAAAGCUACGGCUGUAUAGUUGCCUUGUACCGUAUUAUUGAAAGGGACGACGAGAAAUGCAUCCUCGUAUGCAUGGGUUCCGGAGGGCGGUCAAAAGGCCAACCCAAAGACGUCAGUACGGUCGCACAUUUCCUCACCAAGCGGGCACCGAAGAAGCGCAUGUUUUCAACAAGAGCAAGUCGUCAGCAAGUUUACCUGCCCAUCCCAUCCCUGAACGCUGAGUUCGCUGUGGCAUAAAAGAUUUUGGCUUUUGGCCACCUGCUACCACGGUAGUGUAAAUAAUAAGCCUAGCUAGUAGCAAGUAGAGGUAUUGAAAGAGAAGCCAGUUUGAGAACGAAGACAACAAUACUACCCCAUCACAUAUCACAUACCCCAGUGUCAAUUUCCUGUUUGCAACGGCUGUGAUGAGUAACGAGGCUUCUCGUGGCUCAGGGAGAAGACCGGGCCGUGGUCGGGGCCGUGGAAGGGGAAGAGGAGGAAGAGGACGAUCAGGUCGUGGCACUGGUGGAAGAGGAGGAAGAGGAAGAGGUCGGAGUCAGCGCUAUGAUGGCACUGGCGAAGCAACAUCCCAGCCGGCAUACAAUCCACCCAACCGACAGCCAAAUUGGCAACAGCCACAGAAACCGGUACCCACGAAACCUCAAGGUCCCGUCAAGAAAAACGGUGAGAAGGGAGCUGAAGCUUUCACCAUUGAAGAAGCCGAUCGGAUUCGCUUCACACAAAUGUUGUUGGCUCUACGGGAAAGUCAUUGGGAAUCCACAGACCCCAUUCCAAAAGUCGAGUUUCCGCCGACCCUGACAAACACUGAGCGAAAGUUCAUCCAUCAGUUAGCUUCGCAGCUAGGCUUGCACUCCAAGUCUUCGGGCAAAGGCGAAAGUAGAAGAAUAGCAAUAUACCCUUCCAAAAACAAUGCCAAAAAUACUGCAGAGGACGGCGACGAUUUGUCCGGUAUUCCAUCCUUAAGAAUCGGCGACAAGGGAAUCAAAGCACUGCAACAACAUUUUCAAAAGCAUCCUCCGAGCAAAAUUGAAGCCCAGGAGUCCAGAGAUACUGGAUCGUCAUUGGUUGACGCCAUGCAAAACAACAAAGACAACAAUGAUGCAGUGAAGGAUGCACUCAGCCAAAUGGGCCUACAAGUCAACAAUGACAAAGACAACAAGAAACAAUACAAACACAGUGUCAAACCGAUAGACCUGGAACGUCGGAAACAGCAUCACGAAGCAGCACAGCGACAGAAGAAGUCUAACCAGGAAGCAUUACAGGCUAUGAUGAACAUGAGGGCGCAGCUGCCAGCCUCGAAGCACCAAGACGAAAUCGUUAAGAAAGUAAAUGAACACCAGGUUACCAUCAUCAGUGGGGAUACCGGUUGUGGCAAAUCGACGCAGGUACCUCAGUUCGUCCUCGAUGCCAAUCCCACCAGCAACAUUGUUGUUACACAGCCGCGCAGAAUUGCUGCAAUCUCUAUUGCCGAGCGCGUGGCGUACGAACAGUUGCAAACAACAACUGGUGGACAGGUUGGGUUCAAGGUUAGACUUGAAUCCAGCCAGAGCGAUAAGACACAGCUCAUGUUUAUGACUCCUGGUGUCCUUUUGAGACAUCUACAAAGAGAUCCCUAUCUUCAAGAGUACACGCACAUCAUCAUGGAUGAAGUUCACGAGAGAGACCAGUAUCAAGAGUUCCUCCUCAUUGUACUCCGCGAUCUCCUGCCACAAAGACCGGAUCUGCGACUUAUCCUCAUGAGUGCUACACUGCAAACAGAGAAACUGGUGGAGUACUUCUUAGCCAACAAUGAUAGCACGAAAGCGCCCGCAAGGGUCGAAAUGGAAGGAAGAAUGUUUCCGGUCCAAGAGUUCUUCCUGGAACAUGUCUUGGACAUGACCGGUUUCAUUUCCGUUACAGAAGAUGAAAUCGAAGGAAAGGUGCAAACAGGCAUUGCAACGAUGACGGACGACCAACUUGAGAGAGAGUUGGCGGCCUUCACGAAAUCAGAAAUUCAACCAGAACAGACAAAGGUUCAUCCAAAGCUGAGAUGUGUUCUUUGCAGAAGAAAAGAUUUCAAGGAUGCCGUAGAACUUGGUACUCAUCUAGCGCUUUGUGAUGGCGGCGGGGACGAUGACUCGUUCGACCCCGGAGCAGGUGAUAAACAGGUGUCGGCACCUUCUUUUGGUGGGAACAAUGUGGGCAAACAGGAACAGCCCGAUCAAGGCGACUUGCUUCAGAAUAUGAAGUUUGAAGACUAUGACGUUGACGGUGAAUACGAGCUAGAUGACUUCGAGUUCGAGAUUAACGGGCAAGCCGAUGCUUCCAGCAAUAGCGACGAAUCAGAAGCUGAAGCGGCCGACGACCCUGGAACAGAAAAAUGGGACGGGCAAAGUGCUUUCCCAGCGAAUCUCGAAGCAACCGAAGUGGGCGAGGGCGAAGUGGUCGUAACGAAACGAGAAGAGGCAAUCCUCAAGCAGUAUCAGGCCUCACACGACGAUGCGCAGAUUGACAACUUCCUGCUCUUGGAAACAAUAAGAUAUAUUUGUCAAUCCUCAUACGGUGAUGGUGCAAUUCUUGUGUUUCUUCCGGGUUGGCAAGAAAUUUCGGAAUGCACGGUACUUCUCGAGAGCACCCCACCAUUUUCAAAUCGGAACAAAUAUUGGGUGUUACCUUUACACAGUGGAGUUCCUGUUCAAGCUCAGCGGAAAGUAUUAUCCAGGCCACCGACGGGCAUUCGGAAAAUUGUGUUGGCAACCAAUCUGGCAGAGACAUCAUUGACAAUUGACGACAUCUCUUUUGUAGUUGAUUCUGGGCGCGCCAAAGAGAAGAGCUAUGACCCACAUUUGAAAACAAGUACAUUACAACCAACCUGGAUCAGUGCAGCUUCGGCCAAACAGCGUAAGGGACGUGCGGGGCGUGUGAAACGGGGAGUGUGCUUCCAUCUUUUUAGCCAGAGAAGGCACCAAUCCAUGCGUCCUUUUGUGGAUAGUGAGCUCCUGCGGACACCACUUGAAGAGAUCUGUCUCCAAACCAAACAGUUGUUCCCCUCCUGCGACAUUCCUGCAUUUCUGGCAAAAGCAAUGAGCGCACCUCAUGCUAGAUCUAUUUCGAAUGCGCUGGAGCUGCUAGUAGAUUUGGGAGCCAUGCAGCCAGAGACGAACAAUUUGACAGAUCUCGGAGAGUGUCUGGCAAUGCUGAGUCUCGAGCCUAGGGUUGGAAAGAUGGUUGUAUGGUCAUACCUGUUAGGGUGCGCUCGAGUCGCUGCAGACAUGGCCGUUGCCAUGAGUUACAAGAGCCCGUUCACCCUUCCACCACCUCAUCAACGAAAAGCAGCAGAUGGUGCAAAGGUUCAACUCAGUUAUCGAAGCGAAAGUGAUCAAUUGACUGUCCACUACCUGCUGGAAAAGCGGGCCGAGUUGAUGAGAGCCAAUGGGAGACAACAAUCGUUUGCUGAAUUCUGUAGAAAGAACUUUAUUGGCGUCAACGUAAUCCAGAUGAUAUCGGAGGUACGGAAGAACCUCACACGCGAGCUGUCAAUGCUUGGUUUUCCCAGCCCUGCUUUGACAGGACAACCAAACCAACGGAGAGGUGGGGGUGGUCGUGGGAACAUCAGCCGAGGAGCCGGCCAGCAGCUUCCUUAUCACAAUCGACACGACAAUGAGCACGCUCUUUGGCACGCUGCAAUUGCGGCGGGUCUGUAUCCCAACGUUGCCUUGCGCAAACGCGGAGACGUCAACUUUUCCACCAGGACGAACCAAAAAGUCAAAGUGCAUAUCAGUAGUGUCAAUGCCGUCAAAGGCCAACCUCUGAAUGCCAAGAGCGAGGCACCAAAGGGCCAACUCGAGUUUGUGUGCUUUGGAGAAAUGGUCAAGGGAACUGCACAGUUUUUCACCGUCAAUCAAACGACACACUUAUCCUCUCCACUUCCUUUACUGCUUCUUUGCGGUACAUCGCUGAAUGUGCGCCCCUGCCGUGUACAUGAACCAGAAGAUGACGAAACAAUGAAACCCUCUGGAGAUGAUAACAACUCAAAGUCAAUUUUGACCUUGGACGACUGGAUCAUCUUUCAAUGCGACUCGGAGGUUGCAGCCCAUAUUGUGAUGUUGAGAAAGAGGCUGGACUCGGCAUUUUGGCAUGCCAUUGCCAAUUCUGGUUUCAAACGCUCCAACAACAGCAAUGCCGCAGGAAAGAAUCUUCUGAGUAGGUUGGGAGCUUGCGAUAGAGACGCCAUUGAGACCCUUGGGCCAGUUUUGCAAAGCGCCCAUGUUCAGUCGGAAGCAGCUAAAUCUUCUUCACCAGCGGCAUAUCGGAGGUGAAGAAAUAGUUAUGGCAUACCGGUACCCUGCCCGGUGAGAUAGAGCCUAAUGAUGGCUUCGCCUAACUUUUAAAACCUGGAUACAUCGU